UUUCUAAAAUCUGGAUCCCACUCACUCCAACAAAUCUUGAAUUUUAGUUGGUUAUCUUACCGUUCUAUCUGCUUAGCUCCUUCCAAGGUCUCUGCACUGCAGCAGUAGAAUCGAAGUGGUUGUAGGAUCUGGUUACUAGGAGCCAUGGGUGGUGGUUUUAGACUCUUGCAUCUCGUUCGGCCGUUCCUGAACAUAUUGCCGGAGGUCCAGACUGCUGAUCGGAAAGUGCCGUUCAGAGAGAAGUUCCUUUACACAGCCGUGUCGCUGUUUAUCUUCCUGGUUUGCAGUCAGCUUCCCCUCUAUGGCAUCCACACAGCCACAGGAUCAGAUCCGUUCUACUGGAUGCGUGUUAUUCUGGCGUCCAACCGGGGAACUGUCAUGGAGCUGGGUAUCACCCCCAUUGUCACGUCCAGCAUGGUGAUUCAGCUUCUUGUAGGGUCGAAGCUGAUCGAGGUGGAUAACAACAUUAAGGAAGAUAGAGAAUUGAUCAAUGGAGCUCAGAAGCUCCUGGGAGUUCUCAUCACUGUCGGCGAAGCCGUCGCAUACGUCGUCUCCGGCAUGUACGGCGACGUGCGAGAUCUGGGUGCGACGAACGCCAUUCUGAUCAUCGUGCAGCUCUUCUUCGCCGGCAUCAUCAUCAUCUGCCUCGACGAGCUCCUGCAGAAGGGAUACGGCCUCGGAUCUGGCAUCUCGCUCUUCAUCGCCACCAACAUCUGUGAAAGCAUCAUCUGGAAGGCAUUCAGCCCGACCACCAUUAACGCUGGCCGUGGCGCGGAGUUCGAGGGAGCCGUGAUCGCUCUCUUCCACCUGCUCAUCACUCGGACCGACAAAGUCCGCGCGCUCAAGGAGGCUUUCUACCGACAGAACCUGCCGAAUGUCACCAACCUCCUAGCGACCGUGCUCGUCUUCCUCAUCGUGAUCUACUUCCAGGGCUUCCGCGUUGUGCUCCCAGUUCGCUCCAAGAGCGCCAGGGGUCAGCAGGGCUCGUACCCGAUCAAGCUGUUUUACACCUCGAACAUGCCUAUCAUUCUGCAAUCGGCUCUUGUCUCCAACCUGUAUUUCAUCUCGCAGCUUCUUUAUCGGAGGUACGGUGGUUUCAUUCUGGUCCGCCUUCUUGGUGUGUGGGCUGAAUCCGAAUACUCAAGCUCUGGCCAGCUGAUUCCUGUCGGCGGACUUGUCUACUACAUGACCCCUCCGGCGAGCCUGGCGGACAUCGCGGUGCACCCCUUCCAUGCGCUCUUCUACGUCACCUUCAUGCUCUCCGCGUGCGCGCUUUUCUCCAAGACGUGGAUUGAGGUCUCGGGAUCGUCUGCUCGCGACGUUGCCAAGCAGCUCAAGGAGCAACAAAUGGUGAUGCCUGGCCAUCGCGAGUCCAACCUGCAGAAGGAGCUCAACCGUUACAUUCCCACGGCUGCUGCGUUCGGCGGGAUGUGCAUUGGUGCAUUGACUGUUGUUGCUGACUUCAUGGGUGCCAUUGGCUCCGGCACGGGAAUUCUCCUCGCCGUGACCAUCAUCUAUCAGUACUUCGAGAUGUUUGACAAGGAGAGGGCCACUGAGCUUGGCCUGUUCGGUUUCUAGGAGUCAUGGUUCAGUGGUUUGGUAGGUGCUCAUUCGUGGCGAAUUUUAGGAUGAGCAGUAUCUUGAUUUAUGACAUGGUUCUUUUUGGAUCUGCAGUGCGAGCCAGCCAGCGAGUGUUGCACUUGUUCUUAGGCUAACGUUUUGUCUGGACUAGAAAUCGAGUGUUGGAUCCCUCAGCUCACUAGUUAUACUUU